UGUGAUGUAGCAUUGACACUCAUGUAUUCAAAGAACGCUGGUUGAGAACGCACCACGUCUCUCAACACGCAAGUUUUAUUUUCACAACGUACAACAACUCUGAAAAUUUUUUGGGAAAAAUUUUUAGAGUUUAAAAAUAAGUAGAAUUUUUUAAAUGGAACACUGAACAAUUUUGUGCGCCCGAACACAAGUCGAGAGAAAAAUUGUCGGCGCCACGCGAAAAGAUAAGAAAAGAAUUGUGCGGCGAUAAAAAGAAGUAAAAACAAUUUAUAAACAAUCGAUAUUUGACUUGAACGAAAAUGUUCACGUUUUGCGCGCAGUGGUUGUGGGGUGUGUGUGUGCGUGAGGUGUCCGCAUCGAUGCUGGUGGUAUUCUUCACUGUACUGCUUCUGGUGAGGUUAUUGCAAAUCCUCACCGAGGUGUACAGUCUACCGCCUGGACCAUGGGGUUUGCCGGUGGUCGGCUCGCUGCCGUUCAUCAAGAGCGACAUGCAUCUGUAUUUCCGUGACUUAACACAUAAGUACGGAUCGCUGUUGUCUACUCGUCUUGGGUCCCAAUUGAUCGUUGUAAUCAGCGACUAUAAACUCAUCAGGGACUCGUUCCGCAAAGAUGAAUUCACAGGACGACCAACUACUGAAUUUACCAAUAUUCUCGGCGGUUACGGUGUGAUCAACACCGAAGGUAAAUUAUGGAAGGACCAACGCCGGUUCAUCCAUGAUGGUCUGCGUCACUUCGGUAUGUCUUACAUCGGUUCCCGUAAAAAUCAAAUGGAAGAUCGCAUUAUGACUGAAGUAGAAGAGUUCCUCAACGAAUUGAGAGCACAAAAAGAGCAACCUACAGAUGUCAACCCAGUGCUGGCUGUUUCAAUCUCCAACGUGAUUUGCGACAUUAUCAUGUCAGUUAGGUUCUCGCACAACGACUCGAGGUUCCGCAGAUACAUGGAUCUCAUCGACGAAGGUUUCAAGCUGUUCGGCUCGAUGAGUCCUGUACUCUUCAUUCCCAUCCUCAAGUAUUUGCCUGGACUCCAAAAGACCAAACUGAAAAUUGAACAAAACCGUGAAGAAAUGGCCACAUUUUUGCAAGAAACCAUCGACGAGCACAGGAAAAACUUUGACCCCAGUAACUUGCGCGAUCUUCUCGAUACCUACUUGAUGGAAAUUCACCAAGCCACUGAGGAAGGCAUAAACGACAAAUUAUUCGAAGGUCGUGAUCACGAUCGUCAAAUGCAACAAAUUAUGGGUGAUUUGUUCUCUGCUGGUAUGGAAACGAUCAAGUCUUCUCUUCAAUGGGCUGUGCUCUUCAUGCUGCACCAUCCUGAUGUAUUGAAAGCUGUCCAAGAGGAACUCGAUUCCGUUGUUGGCAGACAAAGACUACCAAAACUGGAAGAUAUGUCGUAUCUUCCGAUAACCGAAUCAACUAUGAUGGAAGUUCUUCGCCGUUCCAGUAUUGUACCGAUGGGAACCACGCACGCACCAACAAAAGAUGUCCUCGUCAACGGCUACAAGUUGCCACAGAGCGUUCAGGUCGUCCCAUUGCUUCACGCUGUUCAUAUGAAUCCAGACCUUUGGGAUGAGCCGGAAAAGUUCGACCCUUCUCGUUUCAUCAACAACGAGGGUAAAAUCAUCCGACCAGAGUACUUCUUACCAUUCGGUGUAGGCCGCCGAAUGUGCCUGGGUGAAGUACUAGCACGCAUGGAGAUCUUCCUCUUCUUCAGCUCCCUGGUGCAUUCAUUCGACUUGUCCGUACCUGAGGGUGAAACACUCCCGAGUCUACAGGGCAACGCGGGAGUCACCAUCAAUCCUAAUCCGUUCAAAGUUUGCUUCAAACCUCGCCCGAUGGUAUGGGACACCGUGUUCAGGCCGGCGGGCAGCUAUUGAACAAUUCGGUAAAUGUUCUUCUUCUUGACUUCAGUCAUAGGACAGCAAGAAGUAUGCAACCAUUUACAAAUCUAAUGCACGGUGACUGAAAAGAUUCCUCAAUCGAAGGCGAAGAACAAAUUGGCUGUGGCACAAGGAAUCAAUCCAUUUUGUACAUUUUCACAUUAUGUAAGUGUACCAUAUAUUUAUCGUUCCAUUCCACACUUUACAUUUCACGCAAAAGAUUGAAAAAAAAAACAGAAAAAAAAAAAGAAGUGAAUAUUUUGGGCGCUGCGUAGCGUGUUCGAUCUCUUUCCGAGUAUAUUCGGCUGUGCAAACGUGUUCAUACAUACUCGUUUAGUAUUUUACUAAUUUUAAUUGAUUUUGUUUGUUUUAAUUAAGCAUUACUCGAAAACCCAUUUCAGAACGUUCGAUGUAAAUCGUUCUAAUGUUAGUAAAACAAUAUAUAAAAAGUAUAACUAGUCAUGAUUCAACUAGGAAAACUUUGCCAAUCUAAUAAGUAAUUUAUAGUUCUUUUUUUAGUAAGUAUUACGUAUGAAAUUAAAUAAACGAAAAAAGACCAACUGAGAAAUAAAAGAAAUUUUUUAAAAUUGAACUCGAAACCCGAAACUUUUUAAACUUUUAACUUGUAAACUCGUAAACUUUAUAUAUUUUAUUAUUUCUCUUCUAAGUGUUAAGUGUAAGUGUAUAUAAAUGUCAUUAUCAAGCGUUUUAUUUCUUGUUGGCUUAACUCUUUCGGUAUUCAGCCAUUCAUAUUGCAUGCUUGGCGUUGUGGCGCGUCGAGCAAUGAAAUUCAAAGUAUCUGGUAUUAUGCAUUCACGUAGAUCGUGUGUAAUUUGUAAUACAAAAAGUAAAUGAUUGUCGGUGUCGUAAUUAGAUUUGCAACAAAUCGCAGUAUAUUACUUAUUUGAUCAUCUAUGUGUUUUAUUUCGGUAACAGUUUAUUAAACGCUGUCGGCAUCAAUUUGCUUAUCAUAAGUGCGAGCAAUACCGACAUAUUCAUAUAUUAUGCAUAUUGAAAUAUUAUUGGAUCACCGGCGAAUGAAUAACCCCCAUGGGGUUUCUUUGUACAUUCCUUUAUUUUUAUAAUUCAUUUGCAGAAAUGUAUUUUGCGCUUUUUUUGCUAUUACAAUUAUGCUAUCAUAAUUAUACAUUAGUAUUCUCAUGUUUUUCACAUGACAUGUGUACACGAUUAUUAUAAUUACUAUUAUCGAUUAAUAUUAUUUGUAAAUUUGUUAUACUAUUUUUAAAUACAUAAACCAUGUCAAUGUUAUCAAA